AUGGGCGACCAGAAGAAGCUGCAAGAGCUUUCAGAUGAGUUCCAAAAGUUUCAGGCUGAACUCCAGUCUAUUGUUGAUGGCAGGCAAAAGCUUGAGUCGCAACAGCAAGAAAACGAUAGCGUAAAGAAAGAAUUCACCAAGAACCCAAACGCAACCAAGUUCAAGCUCAUUGGACCAGUACUUCUGAAGCAAGACCAGACCGAGGCACAGAUGUCUGUUGAUGGUAGAUUAGACUUCAUUGAGAAGGAAAUCAAACGUGUCGAGGGUCAAAUCAAAGACAUUCAGACCAAGAGUGAGCAAAAGAAGAUGGAGAUCAUUCAACUCCAGAGUUCGAUACAGCAGCAGUCUCAAGGACAAGCGCAGGCCGCGCAGGCAUAG